AUGAAUAAUCUCAAUAAGCCGAUUGAUAAGAUUAACAUUGGGUACAAUAAGUCAAAGGAAGAAUACAUAGAGUUGAUGAAUGAAAAGAACAAGAUAAAGAGAGAAAUGGAGAAAUCUAGGGAGCAUUAGGAACGCAAAAAGAUUCAAGAAAAGGAAGCAGGCUUCAAUAUACAUAUUAAUGGGGCUAAUGAAGAAAGAAUUAGAGAGCAGAGGAGAUAAGAGUUGCUUAAAAAUUAAAACAGAGGAAAUUCCCAAAGCAAUUAUGACUAUGAUAUCGCAUAAGGAGUUGGAACAGGAGCUAAUCAGAAUUCUAUUUAAAAUCAAAAAAUUUUAAUUUGGCUCAUUUAUGUGUAGUUUGAUUUAGGCAAUGCUGAUAAAAAAUUUCCAAUGCCGAUAACAGGAGAAAAGAGUCCACCAAGAAUAAGAAAGAAGUGGGGAGACAAAAAUCAAAUCGGUGGAAACGCAGGAAAACCCACUAAAGCAAUACACAAUCUAAAUAAUAAUGAUGAAGAAGAUUAUUCUGAUUCAUUCGAAGAAAUAUAGCAGGACUUUGAAGACGAGGUAGAGGAGGAAGAGAGAAAGAGAGAUGAUGAAGAGUCUGGAAUACAAGAUGAUUAUGACAAUAAUGAUUAUGGUAAUAAUGGGGAGAAAGCUGGUGGAUCCAAUGAUAUUGAAUAAUUUCUAAAAACUGCUACUAUGAACGACAUCAAUGCGCUAAGAUAGUCAUUAAGCAACUUUGGAGAAAUGGCAAAGCAGCUUGUUACUAAAAAAGAUUUUAAAAAAGAAGAAGAUGACUAUAUUGAAGAAGAUUUUGAGGAGCAUAUAGAAUCUGAUGAUGGUUAAGACUCAGAGGAAGAAAGGAAAGAACAGGAGAAAUUAAGGCUAGAGUAGCUUAGAUAGCAGCAGCUGAAAACUUAGUAAACAACUAGAGGAGCGAAAAAUAGACCAAUUUCAGCUACUUAUAAUCUUGCUGCUUAAAAAAUUUAAACUUAGAGAACUAAUAAUAACAUUGAGUCUGCAGGAAUUAAUAUGAUGUCAUCUUAGAUUUAACCUUAAGCGUAACUAAAGCCAAUAAAUCAGCCUAUUUCUUAAAAUUAUGGAUCUGGUAUUGGAGGAGGUGGAACUGGUUCUAUUCUUGUUCAAGAGACACCUAAGCAACCCAAUGAUAGCAUGAAAAAACCCUUAAAUACAAAUCCAUUCAAAAGGCCAUUCUCUUAAAAUAUUCCAAAGAGAGAACAGACAUCUAAUUAAAAUACUUAACAGCAAUUAUCUGCUAUAAAGAUGACUGAAGGUGUUGAGAAAAAUCAAAGUAAGACCUAGGAAGCAGCAUUUUCUAAAAAUUAAAUUCCUAUUGCUUCAAUUCUCUAAAAGAUAGAGCAACUGGAUGAUUGGCAAAAGGAAAAAUUAAUGGAGAUUCUAGAUAAUCUUGAUAGUUUGACUUCGAGUUCGGUAUCCACCAAUAAUUAUUAAUCUCAAGCUAAAGAUCAGACUAAAAUAUAAAAUCCAGUAGUUUAGAAUAUAGACCUUAAAUUCUUGAGCCCUGGCAAAUCUUAAAAUACUCAAUAGUCCUAAAUAUUCUCAAAUCCUAAUAAAAAUGAAAUUACAAUCAGAAUUAUCAAGACAUUCGGAAAUCCUCAUCUUUGUGGACUGACUGAAAUAGAAUUAUUUGAUUUGGACGGAAAAAAAAUAACUUUAGCUCCAGCUCAGAUUGUUCCUAUAAAUCUAGGUAACGGUCCAAAGAUCAGUCUCGCCAGAUUGGUAGAUGGAUUCAAACUUACUAAUGAUGAAAAACAUAUGUGGAUUGGUUAUUUGCCAAUGCAUCCAAAACAGCUUGAACUGAUCAUUUAAGUUGAUAAAUCACAGAAAAUUGGAGGAUUAAAGAUUUGGAAUUAUAAUAAAUCAGCUCUUGAUUGCACUAAGGGUAUUAGAGAAAUUGCUAUUUCCGUCAAUAACGAUUAGGUUUGGUAGGGAUAGUUAGAAAGCGGAAAGGGUCAAACAACAACAGAAUAUGCAACUUUUAUUACUUUAAAAGAUGGCUUAUAACUUCCUAGAGAGAUUCAGCCUAAAGAUAUUAUUUAACAGCCUAUUGAAGAAGAGUAUGAAGAAGAGGAGAGUAAAGAUAUGAUAGGACAUCAGGAAGUUAAGUAAGAAUAAGAUGAUUUCAAGAAAUAUAGAUCAGAAGUCGAAUUCAAAUAACCUAAUUAGGAAAAAUCGAGCGCCGGAGGCCCUAUUUGGCUAUCAGGAAGUCAAUAGUCUUAACGAAACGUCGGACUUAAUUAGUAAUCAAAGCAAUAGGUUUAAAGUUAGAUGGGAAGUAGGCAGAAGGAUGAUCAAGCAUCCAAAACAUUCGAUUUACUAGAUAAAUACCAGUUUAACAAUCAAUAAACAUCAGAUACUGCAUCUACCUCGUUAGGAAGUAAAUCAUAAAGUGCUGUUGGAUAAACAAGACUACAUCCUAUGAGAGACAAUAGCUAGAAAUCUGGUUCACAGCAAAAUAACAUGAUCAAGCCUAAUGCUGCCCCUUCAUCAAUAUCUUCCACCCAAUCAAAAAGUAAGGCUUAGUUUGAAUUAGGAGUGGGAUCGAUACCCCCAGCAAGCAAUAAGCAAUGGACCUAGUAAAUUUAAGCUUAAAAGCAGAAUAUUAUUUGGCCAAGUCAAGGUUAAAACUUUCAAGAAACUUCUGAUGCCAUCUAAAAAGCAGUAAACAAGGUCAACUAGGUAGUAAAUAAUCAAUAACUAUUGAAUAAAAACAAACCAAACAGUUAAGUAGUUGAAGAAUCACUAGAUAAUUUAGAUUUCUUUAAGGCUACAAACAGAGGAAGAUUAAUGAACUUCAAUGAUGAGGAUGAUAAAACUAAGAAAGAUCAGUAAAAACGAAAAUAGUGGUAAGCCUCUCCUGCAAAAGCAUCAAAUAGCAAUACUCGCUUACAGGAAUCUUAACUAUCUUCAAGCAAGUCAGGUCAUAAAGGAGCACAUGUGAUAGUUAAGAAUCCAUUUCCUGAAAAAGAAGCUGCCCUUAAGAAUAGCACCAGGAAAACAUAAAGAGAUGAAGGAGAUUUCCUUGACUAGUUUCUGAAUAAGAAUACAGGAAAUAAUAGUUCCAAGCCAUUGGUCUUCUAAGAACAACAGCCCAGUUAGUAAUAUUUAGGAUUCCAAGCAGUAUAGGACAGUUAAAAGCAAGCAUCAAUAUCACCGUAAAGAGAGACUUAGAAGCCAAAAAUUAAAACUUAUGAAGACAAAGUGAGUGAAUUUACUCAGCCAUUUAUGAUUCCUAAUUUGCCAUCUGGAUAGAGAUUGCACUUCAAUAUAUUAUCCACUUGGGGAGAUAUGAAUUAUGUGGGACUAGCUGGAAUUGAGGUAUUCGACAUCGAAGGCUAGGCUUUAGAAAUCAAUCCAGAUUAAAUCUCUGCUUGCCCUCCUGAUAUUAAUAUCUUGCCCGGAUAUGGUGGAGAUCCAAGAACUGUUGAUAAACUGAUUGAUGGCCAUUAUAUCACGAAUGAUGAUUUGCAUGUGUGGCUAACUCCUUUCACUGCAGGUGAAGACCAUACUGUCACAAUUGAUCUUCCAUAGAAGAAGCAAAUUUCGAUGAUAAGAAUAUGGAAUUAUAAUAAGAACAGAAUUCACUCAUAUCGUGGUGCAAGACUCAUAGAAUGCGAGCUUGAUGGAAAGUUAAUAUUUAGAGGUGAAAUUUAAAAGGCGCCAGGCAAUCUAAACGACCCUGAAAACUGCUGUGAAAUCAUUCUCUUUACAGACAAUGAUACCAUUCUAUAAAGGAUAGACAUCAAUGACUGGAUAAAUGACAAGGUAGUGCAGAGUGACAUGGAAAACACUUAGAGAAUACUGUAAGAGUUGCCAUCCUAUCAGGAUGAAAGGCCAUUAACUGCCACCAAAAAGUUUAGCAACACUGAAAUGCAGGAGAUUUAAAGGUAACUCAAAUAGCAGAAGCCAACUUCAUUGUUUGAUGAGAGGCCAUAGACAUCAGCUAUAAUCACUGGAGAUUAAGAAGAGGCUAAGCCUUAAUCGUCUUCUCUUAAAAACAGAUUCGAGUAAAGACAUUAAGAACUUUCAAAAUAAGUAUAACAGCUUGCUAUGGGUGGUUAAUAAACAGUAAAGGGAAGAGUUCUAGAAAUAAACAUAAUUGAAUCUUGGGGAGAUCUAUUCUAUGUAGGUCUUACUGGGCUAGAAGUAUGGGACGAUCGAGGUAAUCCAUUUAACAUUACUUACUAAAUGAUUGAUGCUACUCCGAGAGAUAUGAACUCUAUUCCAGGACAUGGAUCAGACUACAGGACCCUUGACAAGCUCAUCAACAAGCAGAACAACACAAUGGAUGAUCAUAAUAUGUGGCUGAUUCCCUUUAACAAAGGAGAGAACCAUGUCGUUAAAAUUGACUUUGGUAAGUCUGUGCUAAUAUCUGCAAUCAAGUUCUUCAACUAUAACAAAUCAGAGGAAGAUACGCUUAGAGGAGCUUAGCAAGUUGUCAUCUAACUAGACAAGAAAUAUCUUACACCAAAGAAGGGCAUUACUUUGAGAAAAGGAUCAGGACUGGUGCAUCCUAUGUUUGAUAUGGGCUAAGUUAUAAAGUUCCCUUAUAAAAACGGAUGGACCACUGACUAAAUUGUUCCAUUGCAGAGACAGCUCGGAUAACUUGGACUGUUUUAAGAGUACGAACUCACUAAUUUACCUAUUGGAUUCAUGUACAGAAUUAAUCUCUUUACUACUCAUGGUGAUUUCUACUAUAUUGGACUAAAUGGCAUUGAAUUUUACGAUUAAUUAGGUAACUUGAUUCAGAUAAAAAAUAUCAUUGCUGAUCCUUAGGGUGUUAAUAAAAUACCAGGAAUGGAAGGGGAUAUCAGGGUUAUUUAGAAUCUGAUCAACGGCAAUAAUUCUACUUAUGAUGAAUACAACAUGUGGCUUGCACCAUUUAAAAACACAAGAUCUUAUUCAGCAGUUACUAAUGCAAAGAAAGAUCAAAAUGAAGAUGAUUCCUAGGAAUACAGGAUACCAAAUUAUGUCUAUGUAGUAUUCGAGCAACCCACUUGUGUCGGUGCAAUAAAAUUAUGGAACUAUUCUAAGACACCUAGCAGAGGAGUUAAUGAAUUCGAGAUAGUCUUGGAUGACAAGUAGAUUUAUCGUGGCUUUGCAAAGAUGGCUCCUGAGAAAUCUCAAGCUGGCUUCAAUAAAGACUUCUCAACAGUAGUCCUGUUUACAACUGAAAGUAAGAUUGUUGAUAAAUUCCAGAGUAAUGUAAACUGCGAUCCUAGCAAACAGCAAAACGUUACUCUCAUUAAUGAGAAAAAGCAAAUGAAUAAGAACUAGGUAGUAAAGAGACCUAAUGAGGAAUUUGUUUUCAGUGAUAUGCAGAGACCUACUACAAUGGCAAGAAGGAAUUGA